GAUGCUGGUGCUGCUGAUCCCCAUUUGGCUGGCGGCUGGUGCCUCCGGGUGUGGCGAGCCCGUCUACGCUCCCAAUGCCAGAGUGGUGAAUGGUGAGGAUGCCAACCCCUUCAGCUGGCCCUGGCAGAUCUCUCUUCAGUACGAGAAGGAUGGCGCCUUCCACCACACCUGCGGGGGCAGCCUCAUUGCCCCCAACUGGGUCAUGACGGCUGGACACUGCAUCUCCAAGUCCCGCCGCUACGAGGUGGUGCUGGGUGAAUACGACAUGGAGCAGGAGGAGGGCUCUGAGCAGCGCAUCCCCGUGAACACAGAGGACAUCUAUGUGCACCCUGGCUGGAAGUCCUUCUGCGUGGCCUGCGGCAAUGACAUUGCCCUGCUGAAGCUGUCCCGCAGCGCGGAGCUGAAUGACAAGGUGAAGCUGGCCUGCCUCCCGCCUGCAGGGGAAGUCCUGCCCAACGAGUACCCCUGCUACAUCAGCGGCUGGGGACGCCUCUACACUGGCGGCCCCCUCCCCUCCCGGCUGCAGCAGGCGGUGCUUCCAGUGGUGGACCACGCCCACUGCACCCAGUCUGACUGGUGGGGGGCCCUCGCCAUUCGAGAGACCAUGGUGUGCGCCGGCGGAGACAUCCGAGCAGGCUGCAACGGCGAUUCCGGUGGCCCCCUCAACUGCCAAGCUGCAGACGGAAGGUGGGAGGUCCACGGCAUUGCCAGCUUUGUCUCUGGCCUGGGGUGCAACGCCCUGAAGAAGCCCACCGUCUUCACCCGAGUCUCAGCAUUCGAGGACUGGAUCCAGGAGGUGAGCUGCCCGGGGGCUCAGUCACUCGGCUGGGGGUGGAACUCCUGGGAAGGAAUUGGGGGGGGGGGAGCAGAAGGCAGCUUACUGGGACACCUGAAGAGUAACCAAGACCCCACGGCAAACAAAGUCCCCAAGACCCUGCACCGACCAGAGUGGAGCUCCAUGCUGGAGCAUUUCCAACUAUGGUGGGCACACUGCCAGGAUUUGCCGCCACCACUCAAGUGUGACUUGAUGGCCAAAAAGAAAGAAAAGGACCUGCAACUUGCCGGAGUUCAAGGCACUCCACAGCUGCUUUUCUGCUCCGGGGCCUUGGCUGGAUGCCCUGCAGAGAACCUGAUAGCACUUGUGGACAAGGAAAGCUCCCCGUGUGCAUGCUCUUCUGUGCCCCUCCUCAGCCAACCACCCUGCCUGGCCCUCCAGAGUGCUCCCUCCCUCAGCCAUCUGCCCAUUCCUCUCCUCCCUCGGCUGCUGCGAAAGAAUCCCACCCACCCGGAGGGCACUGGGGGCAGCCAGGCCGGGCACUGCAGGCAAAGACUGUUCCCAGGAGGGCCUGGCACAUUCACCACCAGCAGGGUGCCCUUUUACCGCUGA